ACCAGAGUAAAGAAGACAGCAGAAUGGCAGUUCCUAUUAAUCUCAAUGCAAUUAAGAAAGAUUUAACAGAAGCUUUAGGUGAUAGUAUUAACGCGUAUCCUUACCUGCUAUUAUCAGUGGUGUAAAAAGUUAAGGUGAUCAAAUCCUGAUUAUUAACAAGACAAGUUGGUUCGAACCUCAUCCCAAAUGAUGAAAAUGCCCUCUUAGGAGUAAUAUGAUAGCAAAAACAUUUGUAGGUAUCAGCAGAGUCUGAAAGCAUGGUUUCGACAGAAGAUGUCAAAAGAAGAAUUUGAUACGGAAGCUCGGAAAAUGCUAAAGGCUGACAUGGUUCACUUACACAACCGCUUCCUUUUAUCCAUUUUAGCCAAAUGUCAAGUCUUAAGUAAUACACCAGCGCCUGCAGAGAAAUCACCAAGUGCCUCCAAUUCUUCUCCAAAACAGAAACCUAAGUUAAAAAGGAAGGCAGCAACUGCAACAACAAAUAGAAACAAUUAUACACAAAAAUUUAUACCUGUGAAUCCUAUUUCUUAUGCUCCAGUUGUUAGUCCACGCAGUUUGGAAGAUGACAUAAAUGUUGGGUUUUCUUCUCGAGAAGCAACAUUACCAGAUAUUUCCAUGGUUCAUGGUCGUAUGUAUGUUUGUGCCUGGGAGAAUGGCCUCGAUGAUGUGGCUGAGAAUGCUGUAAAGUUUGUCAUGACAGCGGUAGAAAGUCAACUUAAGGACAUCAUCGUGAAGGUGCUAGGGCGUAAAAGUGGUUAUAAACUCCGAGAAAAACGUUUUAAAUAUUCCAUUGGUUGUGAUGUUCCUAAUCCAUAUUUACGCCGAUCCCAGCUGAAAACAAACUAUUUCCGUGAAAGCGAUGCAACAGAAAUAUCUAACAGUGGAAUUCAGAUGCCAACCAUUCGUUUGUCAGAAGAAGCAGCAGAAUUGGAAGCUAUACAACAGCUUGCUUCGGUAUCAGUAAAUGAACAGAUGCAGAAUGACAAAGGACCUAUAACAUUAUUUCAUCUUUUAGAUGCAUUACAAUUAUACAGGAAUGUUAUCCCAUCACACUCAGUUUAUGUUCCAGCUGUGGAAAAAACUAUACAUCAGCUAAGUCAUUCCACUCAUGAAGAGUUAGAACAAGAUGUCAUUCACCAUCAAGAAGUGAAUAUCAAACAACAGUUGGCUAACCAACAAUACCAAUUACAAUUAGUUCUCUAAUGCUGUAAAUUUCUUAUCCAUCACUACUUUCUUCUCUUCAUCAACUGAUCCCUUCAUCAGCUGACUCUUAUAUCUGUUUCCAAUGAAAUGACAAUUAUUAUUUUGCAUAAUCUCCAUUGUUAACUUAAUUAUUGUUGUUCCCUUUCAACAAUGUCAACAUGUGGAUUUCAUGUUUUAUAUAUUUAGCUUCUUGCAAGCUGCCUACCAUUCUGAGAACCUGUUUUAAUGUUCUGGAGAUACUGUGUUUAGACAAUUGACAUUUACAGUAUUUUCAUAUUUUGGUAAUCUUGCAAGUUCUAAUUAUUACUAAAAGAAUGUUUUGCAGUACGUGAGGUGGAGUUAACAGAUUCAUUGUGGUACAGUGGCUUGAAAAUUCCGGUCUUCAGCAACAUGACAGUGUUUAUAAUGGUGGUGAUGAUGAUAAUGUUCUGAAGAACUUUAAUCACCAAUUAUGGUCUUUUAUUGUAAGGAAACAGCUACAUGUUUUCACUCUUGAUAGAGAAAAAUAUUUCAACUUAUUUGAUGUUAAAUCUCUAGUUGAUUCUGUUUUACAAUAUUCUUGUCUACAAAAAAACAAUCAUUUUCUUUUGUA